AUAUAAUAUAUAAUAAUGGGAAAUCAAACAGUGUUUCAGACAAAAAAUUUCGAUAUAUAUUUAAUAUAGGAUCUACAAACAAGAAUGAUGUGGAUAUAAAAAAUAUUAGAAAAGAAAAUGAAAAAAUUGAUAUUAUUAAUGUGCUGAUGAAAGAAUCUGAAGUUGUUAUAGUUCUUAACCCUAAUUAUCAAGUAUCAUGUACUCAUAUAGUUUCUGCAAUAUCAUGUCCAAGAAGGGCUGUACUAAAUUCAAAAUUUCAACAAUUUAAUUUACCAUCUUCCACCAUAAAGACAGGAUUGGCUUCAGAUAAUAAUGAAAAAACAAGCCCUACACCAGAACACAACAGAGAAGCUUACGAUUUGCUCUAUGGCAAGAUAUCUCACAAUGUUUUCCAAAGAUAUUUAUCCAUCGAUUAUGAUUCACGAUCUCUUCCAACGUUAAAGGAAGAACUAUCUAAACUGUGCUUAAUUCUCAAAGAAACUCUUAAGAAUUCCUCCUUCAUUUUGGAGGCCUUCAUUAUGGAUAUUCCCUUAAGAGAAUUACGUUCUGCCCUGGCAUGCAAAAUGGCUAAUUACGCAGUUUGGAAAAUUUCCACUUCACGCCUUCUCUCUAACCAUUUAGGGCCUUUAAAAAAUAAGCGCGACUUAGCAUUAAUGUCACGGCGGGCACUUGCCACGGAAUAUCAUGUAAGCUCCUCACGACUUGGUUUGAAGGGCAUAAUCGACGCUGUCAUGACAACUGAGCCUCCUUCUCAAGGCAAAACAUAUGCUUUCAUAAGCGAAUUAAAGACUGGAAAAGCCACGUUUAGUAUCGAACAUCAAGGUCAAGUCAUGCUUUACAAUCUUCUCCUCAAUAAAAAAACUAAAGACUAUGAAAUCCACCCAGAUCUGAAAGAUGGCGGUCUUAUAUUAUAUUUGGAUAGCAAUCCUAGUAAAGGUCAUCAUUCUAUGCGAGAGGUAUUUCCCACUAUUGCCGGAAUCGAUAGUAGAUGGGUCACCACGGAGGGAAAACAUCUACAGGGACUUUUACAAAUUAGAAAUGAAUUAGCUCGAUUUAGUAGCUUCCCUAAACUUAUACCCCAAUGCUUUAUGAAUGGCGUCAGUCAUUCUUCAAAUAUGAAGGCGUUGGAAGAAAGGGGGCACGAUCAUACUCGCAUUUUUAAUAUGGCAAAUUCCUUAGGAGAGAUUAUUGAUAUGAAAGAAUUGUAUGCUCUCCCUAGCCCUAUCAGAAAUAUAGCUAUGUGUCGAAGAUGUCCUCAGUCCUGGACAUGCAGUUUAGCUGGAAAGGGCUUUCCCUCGCCUACCUCUAUUACGGAUAUAGAGGAAUUCAAGCCAAGUAAACGAUUUAAAUCACGAGACACGAUAGAUGGUGGCAUUCUAGAGGAAUUUGAUUCACCCGAAUCUAAAAAAGUUUUUAAAGCAUAUAUUCCAUCGGUUAACAUCGACUUUUGGGAAUCUAUUGUGAAUCCUAGUUUAUUAAGGCCCAUCGAUUGGACAUUUUUUACUCGGUGGUAUGCGCUAAGCCAGCUCGAAUCCGAUUCCGCAGGUCUUUCCAACUUAGUUGAAUUAAUGAGGCCCCAACAAAUUUACCAGGAAUUGCGUUUCUUAAUCAUUAGAGAUCAUGAUAUCCACCAAUCUAGAAUUUACCCAUCUAAAUGUAUACCGUUAUCUAUAAUAUCGACACCGAAUAACAAUUUAUCACAAACGAGGACAAUAUUCUAUAAGCGAUUAUGUGAAAAUUUGAACGUCGAUCAAGUUAAAGCUGUACAACUUGCCCUUGAUCCUAAAAUUAAAUAUUGUUUAAUAAAAGGAGUCCCUGGUUCAGGUAAAACUGAAACCAUAUGCACUAUUAUUCGAGCAUUAACCGCGACAGGUGCUUCCAUUUUACUUACAGCUCACACUAAUAGUGCUAUAGAUAACGUGUUACUUAAACUUAAUAAAGCUUUUGACUUCAAGGAUUUUGUCCGUUUUACCCCGGAUCCCGUUAAAGUUGCUUCUUCUAUACAACCAUUUAUUAUUUCCAAAAAGUUGGAACACAUUUUCCAAGCUGCACAAACUGUUGAUAAGGCUCUCGAUGAAGUUCAAGUCAAGUUGAGACAGUUUUUAACUAAAGAAGGUAUGGUGUUCGCGUCCACGUGUGCUAAUAUAGUCAGAGAUUCUCUUGUUCGCAAAUUGCGUUACGACGUGUGCAUCAUGGACGAGGCAUCACAAGUUCCGCAAUUGCUAGCCCUAGGGCCUCUUUUCUUAUGUUCGCGGUUUGUGAUGGUUGGGGACCCAAAUCAAUUGCCACCAAUCGUGAAGAGCCCUUUGGCCAAAAAAUAUGGAGCCGAUGAGAGCUUGUUUGACCGACUGCUGCUCACCUCGAUCGCCCAAUUCUCUAAAAAUGAUCUCACUCAAGAGCUCACCCCUAUUAUGCCGAGGGAGUCGAUGGCUCAAUGUUGUGUCACGGAAUUGACAGGGCAAUACAGGAUGAACCGUGUCGUACUAAGGCUAAGCAACAAGCUUGCAUACCAGGGACGUUUAAAAUGUGUGAGCCCUUUAGUAGCGAAGGCGACCAUUUCCCAACACCAAGUCAAGAAACUCGAAGAAAAAAAAUAUCCACCUUGGUUAAUUUCUUCAUUAAGUCCCGAGCUAUCAAGAUCUAUCGUCUUUCUUAAUAUCUCCGAAACUAAAUUUCCUGAAAUUGUUAUUUCAAAUAAUACUUGCCGAACCGUCAAUUAUUCCGAGAUUGAAGUAAUUUUUGUCUUAGUUGACACUUUGCUCAAACAUUUACAGUAUCCUCCAGAAUGCAUAGGGAUUAUUGCCCCUUAUACUGAUCAAGUCAACGCUAUCAGAGCUCGCUUAAUCAAACAUUCGAAUAUGGAUUAUACAGACACUCUAAAGAUUGAAGAUUACGACCUAAAGCAUCACGUGGAAUGCAAUACUAUUGAUCAAUUUCAAGGUAGAGAAAAAAAUAUUAUUAUCAUCUCUUUCACAACUAAAGACGAACGUAUCAAUCGUUGCGAGAAUGUAUGCAAAGACAUAUUGAGUGAUUUUCGGAGGCUUAACGUUGCAUUCAGUCGGGCCAAGCAUAAAUUAAUUAUCAUAGGAAACAAACUGGCAUUGUUUGCUAAAUACCCACUCAUAAAAAAUACUCUUGCAACUACCCUGAGUUUUAAAGAUUUUGUAGAUGUAUAUGGUAUGCAUUAAAAUUAUAAAACUAAUA